AUGGUGCGCAAGGCGAUGCAGCCAUCCUCCAGAUCGCCACACGCAGUACCGGACUGGUCCGAAGCACACUCUACCGCAGGUGUCGUCGCGCUGGCCCAUUCCUCCAAAGCUCGUGGCUUGCUCAACGUUGCGAAUCUGCCAGCUCUGCAGAAUCUGGUGAAACGCAGUCCGACGGCAUAUGCGGACGAGUUCGGAGCGCAAUGGAAUCACUACCAGAGCAUGAGGAUGUUGUAUGCGGCGAAUCUGGGCGAGGGCGGAGCGAUGAGCGGGGCGAAGAUUGGCAAAGAACAGGAAGACACCUUUUGCGCUCUCAUUGGUUUCAUCACUCAGGUGAGGUGGAUCUUUGCUAGGUGUACCACCGGUACAUUCGUUGCCUAACGUCUGCAAUUUGCUUUGGGAUCAGCUUGCCCCAUCCUUUCCUGAGGUGACAAGAAACUUCCCAAGCGACCUGUCGGAGCUCUUAUUGAACCACCAUUCCAAGCUUGGUGCUGACGUGCGGCAUUCCGCCGUUCGCGCUCUGGUACUUCUACGUAAUCGGGACGUCAUCACUUCGGAGCAGUGAGUCCAGCCGGUCUUUGCCCUACUGUUCCGGUGCAGCACGCGCUGACCGCUGUGCGCCUGCAGUCUGCUACGCACCCUCUUCCCUCUUCUCUCACAGACAACGUCUGCAACUUUCAGGUCGCUACUGCAAACGACCAUCUUGGCAGAUAUCAAAGCGCAAAACAAAAAAGCCAUCAACCACCGACACAACAGAGUUGUUCAAGGUCUGCUAUUCUCGGUCAUCGAGCGUGGCAUCCCCGCACGCGACGCUCCAAGCGAAGUGUGGCGGAAGGGAGCCGAGGUCAAAGGCAGGAGUGAGGCACUCUGGGCCACGCGUCUUGCUGCAGAUCUGUGGAGGAAAGGAAUCUGGUGAGCGUCCCGUUUAAGAACGAGAUGUCUGAUCAGGACCACACAUCAUUGACGCAGAUGUGCUCUUUUGCUUUGCGCAUCAGGACCGAUGCAAAGACAGUCUCUCUGCUCGCAUUGGCGUGCUUCCAUCCGCAUCCAAAGGUGCAGUCCUCCGCCGUGCGCUUCUUCUUAGGUGACUUGCACUCCGCAGAAGACGGUGGCAGCGACGAAGAGUCCGACGAUGAACCGAACGUUCCUGAUGUCUCGAAGAUGCAGCAUGCACGCAAAGUAAACAAGAAGACGAGAUCAGGAGACAAAAAGGUUCGAGCUGCUGCUGCCCUUGCGAGACGGAGGAGAAAAGAGCACCAAGAUGGCAGAGACGAGAAAGCUGAAGGGGAUGGUCGUGCAAACCUUGCUGCUGUGCACAUGCUCAAUGACCCGCAAGGCUUUGGAGAGAAGCUUUUCGAAUCCUUGAGCAGAGGCGAUAAGAGAAUCAACAUCGAACUCAAAGUUCGCAUGAUGCAAUUACUUGCCAGAGUGAUGGGGGCUCACCGACUCUCGGUGCUGCCCUUCUACAGCUACAUUGUCAAGUGAGUUCCGUUGGAGGACGCGCUGUUCUCAGAUCGGGCUGACUCUGGACAACUUUUUUCGACAGAUAUUUGAAUCCUCAUCAGCUUUACAUCACCUUGAUCCUCGUCUCACUCGCCCAGUCUGUGCAUUUGCAGACUCCAUCGGAUGCGCUAACGCCUGUCCUGCGCAAACUUGCCGACGGCUUUGUCCAUCCUGGCGUUGGCCCAGAAGUGGUGGCGGCGGGCAUCAAUGCUAUUAGAGAAACGUGCCGAAGACAGCCCGAGGCGAUUGAGAGCGACUUGCUACAGGAUCUUAUAGGGUACAAGAAGAGCAAAGACAAGGGCGUAUCAGCCGCUAGUCGAGGCCUGCUUCUUUACUACCGAGAAGUCAAUCCUGCACUGUUACCCAGGUCCGAAAGGGGAAAGAGCGGCGCUUUGAGCCUGGCUAGUGGCAAGCAAGCGCGCAUGUUUGGAGAGGAAGAUGCUACAACUCGAGGUAUCCCUGGCAUCGAGCUGCUAGAGCAGCAUUUCGCCGAACAGGAAGCCGCUGCCGUUCCACUAACAGAGGCUGAAUUAGAAGAAGCCGACAAGAAAGCUUGGGAGGGCUGGCAAGCUGAAAGUGAUUCUGACUCUGAUGACUCGGGAGGAUGGAUCGCGGUCAGCUCGGAUGAGGACGGCGAGGGCGCAUUCAACCUUAGUGGGUCCGAAGAUGAGGGCAACAAGACCAAGGGAGGUGCUGCGGAGGAAAGUAAGAGCAUCAAGGAGCGCCUUGCUGAGAGAAGAGAAAAGACCAGAGCAGCGAGAAGAAAGCUGGCAGACAAGUCUGAACACUCUGGCACUGACUCUGAUGCAGAAGAAGGUGACGACCGGGAUGAUGUUGAGGUGGCGCCCAGCGAGAGUGCGGCCGAGCAAGCAGAGCAAUUUUCCAAGCUGGCGACGACAAGGGUGAGUGUGCCAGUACGCACAGCUUUGUACCUCGCGUGGUUCGAGGCUAAUUGAGUUUGGAGCUGCUCUCGACUGUAGAUUUUGACUCCUGCCGAUUUCGCCAAGUUGGCAGAGCUGCGGCUCAAAGCUGCAGAAGAAGCGGCAGCUUCGGGCAAGAAGGGUUCCGCAGCAGCAAAGCGGGAGAUCGCGGAGCUCAAAGCGGCGUCCAAGCGCACUGCGACGCAAGCAAGCAGCGCUGGCAGUGCCGUAGACACGACCAACACGAUGUUGUCCGAGAUGGACAUUUUGGGACCUCGAAAGAAGAGAAAGGCGGAUUAUGAGGAGAGGAUGGCUUCCAUCGCAGAGGGCAGAGAAGGAAGGGAAAAGUUCGGAAGCAAAAAGGGCAAAAAGACCAAACACAGCUCAACGACGAAUGAGCAAAAGGCUAAGAAGGGAAAGAACUUCAACAUGAUUGCCAAGAGCUUCAGUGUCAGAAAUAAGGCAAAGACUAGUCUGAGGGAGAAGAGCAAGAAGCUGAAACAGCACGUGGAAACGCAGAGGAAGCGAAAAGGCAUGAAGUGA